AUGCUCGCCCGCUCCAUCCCUUCAAGGGCUGUCAUCCAGAGCAGGCUCGCGCCUCAGCUCGGGGCCUCGUCGGUCCGCCGCCUGUCCAUGGCAGCUAGGCCCUCAGCCGUCGCCCUUGGCAAGCGUCCGGCCGUCGCCCCUCGCAGCUCGGUGCUUGCGCUGGCUUCGGUCGGCUCGGCGCGCCACCUCUCGUUCUUCUCGGCCAAGCCUGCCGAGACGGUCGAGACUGCACAGGCCGCUGUCGCUACUGUUCCCGAGCCAGCCGUGUCUGCUUCUGCGGCUACCGUCCCCGAGGUCCCCCUCUCCACCCCGGUUCCCUCGUCGGACAUGCCUGCCCUCGCCUCGGAGACUGGCCACGCUGCCGGCACCGUCGACCACCUCACCUCGUCUGCUCCGGACCACCAGUUCCACUCGGACCCGUCGUCGCUCCUGCCCCAGGCCGGUGCCAACGGCCAGACACCUACCCUCAUCGACCUGGUGAACAACUCUGGUCUGCCUCUCGAGGACGUUCUCAACGCGCCCGAGGCCGUCCACGCCGCCGUCGCCGUCAAGGACCUCAAGGAGAUUGGCCUGGACCACUACUUCUUCUCGAUCCCGGGCUGGCUGUGCGAUUCGCUGGUGGGCUUUCACAACCUCUCGGGCUUGCCGUGGUGGGCGUCCAUCAUGGGUCUGACCGUCAUGGUCCGUCUGGCCAUUUCGCCAAAGGUCGUGAGCAACAUGAGGCACAACGUCCGCCUCCAGGCCGUCGGCCCGCAGAUGCGUUCGCUCAUGAAGAUGAUGACCGACGCCAAAAAGUCGGGCGACACUCCGACCCAGCAGGUGGCUACCCAGCACCUGCAACAGCUGUUCAAGGACAAUGACGUCUCCCCCUUUAGGCCAAUCACCAUGAUGCUCAUCCAGACCCCCUUCUUCCUGAGCAUGUUCUACGGUAUGCGUCGUUUGGCCGACCUCCCAUUCCCGGCGUUCAAGGAAGGUGGCUUUAGCUGGAUUACCGACCUCACUGUCGCCGACCCCUACUGUGUCCUCCCGGUCACCUCGGUUCUCCUCCAGCUCCUGGUCCUCCGCCUCGGCCAGGACGGUACCGGCACGACCGCUUCUAACGCGCGCAUGGCCACCCACAUCCGCAACGGAAUGACCGCAUUCUCGCCCGUGCUCAUCGCCAUUACGUCGUUUUUCCCUGCUGCCGUCCUCUUUUACUGGACUACCAACAACCUGUUCAGUCUCGGCCAGGCCGUCCUCUUGAAGCAGACCUUGGUCAAGAAGCUGUUGAAGAUUCCAGCCCCUCCCACGAUCGCCGCGCCGCCAGAGGAAGCCGCCGUCGACCCCAACCCGACAAUCAAGGAGACCCUGGAAAGCAUCCCCAAAUUCUUUAAAUCUAUUCGCGAGCAGGUCAACAAGAUGGGCGCCGAGACGUCGGCCGGCAAGCGUGUCGCCGCCGCCCGCCAGGUCGAGGCGGCCAAGGGUGCCCGCGCCGGCACCGGCCUGCUCUCCACCGAGCGCAUCCACGAGCCCACGCGCACCGCCGCCGCCGCCAAGGCCACCUCGUCGUUCCUCGAGGCCACGGCCGCCCCCUCCAAGAAGGCCACCAACGACCAGCCUCCUGCCACCCUCACCGCGGCCGAGAUUAAGCGCCGUCGCGUCGAGCAGGCGCGUGCUUCCCGCCGCGCAAAGAACGAGGACCGUUCUUAG